UGUUUCGGGCUUUGGUAAGUGUUAACUUUUAGCAUGCAAAAUAACAACACUUCCAAGCGCAGUGCUGCUCCUCGGUGAGAAUGAACUUCGCACCCCGAAUGAAAACGUAAAACAGAUCCAAACCCAUGAGCUGCUUAAGAGACACAACGAUGAUGAGAAGCUCGUGAAAGUCAUUCAUCAGGGUUCGGCGUUAGUCAUGGAUGACCCUUCAUCUAUCACUGAUCCGGUGCUGGUUAGACACAUAGCGCACUGAUUGGACGCAGCGGGGGGACCAGACGCGCUUCACAUCCACCGCCGAGCCGGAUCCAGCGCUGAGGAAACACACUCUUGCGCGAAUUAUCUGUAAACUCUCGCAGCGCUUUCAGGUAGACAUGCACGCGCGCACUCCCGGCUUUGUUGUAUCUCUGUGAGGAAACAGCGGCUGCUCGCGUAACUCCGUAUCUCGGUGUAUCUGGACGGUAGCGGCUGAUAUUCGGCGUAUACGCACAUGAGUGCUGGACACAUCGAUCACCUCCGACCGAUCUCCACCGUUUGCUCUUACAUUCAGAGAGGAGACAGAAAUAUCAGUCUGUCAACAUCUGAGUGACUCUCGCGCUCUCCGGACUAUGUCGUUUUGACGGGAGCUGCUGUUUGAAGCGAGUUGAGGAGGACUUGUUUCGCAAGAAACAUCUCUCUGUUUUGUCUUUCCCUGAAGAAGUUGAACGUCGUUUAGUGAAGUUUUCUCAAUGGGAUGCUGAAACACAUCAACAUCAGGUAGACAACAGUAAGCUCACAGUCGGGUGGAGCCUGUGACGAGCGAGCUCUCCAAUUGGUUGCCGUGUUGCGUUUCCCCGCGUCAUGCGGACAGGAUGGAUGUGAAAGAACGCAGGCCCUACUGCUCACUGACCAAGAGCAGGAGAGAGAAAGAGCGCCGCUACACGGGCUCAUCCGGCGACAGCGAGGACUGCCGCGUCCCCACCCAGAAGACCUACAGCUCCAGCGAGACGCUCAAGGCCUUCGACCACGACUCCUCACGCCUGCUGUACGGAGGCCAUGUCAAAGAGAUGGUCCACCGAGAGGCAGACGAGUACAGACGCCAAGGGCAGAACUUUAACCUGAGGCAGCUGGGAAUAUGUGAGCCAGCCACACGCCGUGGCCUGGCCUUCUGCGCAGAGAUGGGCCUCCCCCACCGCGGCUUCUCCAUUGGCGCAGGCUCAGACGUGGACACUGAGAACGAGGGGGUGAUGUCACCGGAACGUGCCAUGCGCCUCUGGGGCAGGGGUGUGAAGUCUGGCCGCAACUCCUGCUUGUCCAGCCGCUCGAACUCAGUCCUGACCUUGACCGACACAGAGCACGAGAACAAAUCAGACAGUGAGAACGGUGAGUGGAGCCACACUAGGGCCGCAUUCGGCCUCUUAGUCCUGAUCCAGCUAUAGCUUGAACUGACAAAUUCUCUAAAAUCCAGCUUAAGCUGAUACCUCUGUUUUGGAUCAUGGUAACUGGUUUCUAGCUGGUCUGAGACGGUCAUUAGCCAUCUUGGACCAACAACAAUCAAGCUUCCAGUGAAGCUUAAGGUGCUCAAGCUGGUUUUUGGAAAAUGCGAGUGUUCAAAUUAGCAGUUUGAACCGGCUAGAAAUCGGCUACCAUAUUCCAAACCUAAGAUGGAUUUUCCAACAUAGUGGACCAUAUAAACGAAAUUAUUUAUAGAUUAUGCACAUCUCUCUUGCAAGAUAUUACCAUUAAUACACUCUUUUGACUUUUAUCAUAACUGGCCGCAGAGUGAGUCAAUAACUAGCAGAAUGAAGUCAAUACAUCCGCAGUCACCCUUUCUCUUUAUACUCGUACCACCGCGUCUGCAGCCCUGAGGGGACCCUCCAGCGGCCCAAUCAAAGGUCCGUCUUUGUGUCGGGCUCUAGGAGACCUUACCUAGCCAUCGUUGGAAUGCUCCGCUCGCAUGAGCGAACACACACAAUGGCUGGGUUAACAGGCCCCAGCGGUUUGAAGUGCAAAUUUGAUCAUGCUUGAAACCUGGAGAAGUGAUGGAAGUGAUGAUCUCUCUCCCCCCCUCUCUCUCUCUCUCUCUCUCCCUCUCUCCUCGCUCAUUCUCACUAAGCAGCUGUGAUGGUUCAAAGAAUGCUCAGGUGACAGGCUUCCUCUGGGCCUCUGCGCCACACUUCCGCUGCCACUCUCCCAGAGCGGGGCUUCGGCCGGGGGGAGAUGUCAUCACGGCCUCACAUGCUUUUUUGAUUAUAUUUUUAUUCACACUAAAAUCCCUCAGAUUUGUUUCUUGUUGUUCUUUUCAGGUCCAAUUGAGAAUGAAAUGGGGGAGUUUUUAUUUUUUUGCCUCUCUCUUUUUCCUCAUGAAUUGAAUUGAGAAUUGAAGCUGCUGACAAUGAGGUAAAGGACAGCCUUUUUGAAGGAAAGGGAGAAAAUUAAGCAAAUGAAGAGCUGAAUCAUUCAUUAUCUUCCCUGCACACUCUCCUGUUACUUAUUCUCAUUUAUUAAUAUUCUUUCUACUAACAGGUGUUGUGUGCAAAUAACCUUUAAGAAGAUCUUAUCUAAUCACUUUCAUUAAAACCUUUUGUCUUAAUUAAGGAAAGCAAAAUGCUGAGUGUGUUGGAUUGUUAUAUUGUGUGGGGUGACUCUCAUAUCUUUGAUGACCAGAGCAGCUCACUUUUCCUUAGGGAGCAUAUUCUGCGGAUUUUUAUAUACUUUCCUUAAUGUAGUUCAUAUUUGUGAAAGAAGCCCUGUAUUUAUCUCAGAUUUAUAUAAAAAAAUGAGAGGAGAACAUUUUGCUAAGUUAACCAUGACAUGCUCUAACCCAAAUAGGGGGACCCUGCAAAUGUCCAAGAGGGCCUCAAAAUGACUUAAAUGUAAUAUAGGAUGAAACAACAAAAAAACUGCAUAUUUCUUAUUUUAUUUUAAUAAAGUGAAGAACCAAAAUUCCCACAGUCUUGGAAAACCAGUAUGAAUGAGGAAGCCUCAUUUUAGACUCGUUUUAAAAGUAUGGUUUUUAUACCUGGGGAAAUCAUGCAAAGUAAUAACUUUUUAUGACUCUAUGGGCACUUUUAUAAUGAAUUUAUGCUCCACCCUGCCUCAUCUGUCAGGCGGAUCAGUAGGUUUUGGAACAUAGCAUUUGUUUAGAAUUAUUUUUAUUUUAUUUGAUUUUGCACAAGUGUUAACGUGCAACAUAAGUGCAUGUGGGUUUUGUCCUAAUUGUCUCAGUGAAUUGUGGCAUACGUUGCAGUUGAUGAGGCUUAUUUCCUUACAAGAGACAGCUGCAGACAAUGUUAGUGAGCCCAUGAGGAGAAAAUAAAAAUAAUAUUUUCUUUCAUUCCUUGACAUGUUUCAGAAGAUCUUUGGUGUUUACUUCAGCUACCGUUUCCCUCCAAGUCGUGCCCUCCUGACAUAAAUGUUGUAAAAAGCUUUCUCCAGCCAUACCAAAAGAUUUCCUGUUUACAUGUGCCUGGCGUCACCAUGGAAGAAAGUGUGUCCAAAUGAUUGACACACUGUUUGGCUUUUUUCGGCCUAUUCCCCUGACUCCCCUCUCUACCGAAUUCAAGAUGCAGUCAUUUGUGGCUUUCAAGAUUUUUCUGCUUGUCGCCUCAGAGCUUGAUUGUGUUUGUGCAGAUAGGCCGUCGUUCCUCGUGACACUGCCUUUUGACUUCAAACGCAAUGGAGGUUAAUUCCAUUUGGGGAAAAAGCGGGAUUUGUCAACCAGAAUCUGAGAGUGGAAGUGAAAGAAGUGUGUGUAGCACUGCAAGACACGGUACUACUGAAAGGAUCUCAAUUCUGGUCCCACGUUUCCAAGUUCACCCUUAAACUCUAUUACAGAGUACACUGAGAGAGACUCUCGGCUCAGCAUAGAGAGCGGUCGCAAUGCUUGCUCUCGCUCUUUGGACUUAAUAUCCUGUAAUGGAGAAGGGGUCGGAUGAAACACCUGAACACAAUGUGUUCCGCUGCAGCAGAGAAGAAGGGAGAGGGAAAAAGGAAAGGAGAGGGUGAGUGAGAGAUGGCCACUAACAAAGGAGGGAUAUUUUGUCCUCCGUCUCCUGGGGACAUUUGAGCCAGGGAUGCGCUUCAGCGCAUGCCCACCCGUGUCUCCCUCUUCCUGGGUCACUGGACACCUGCUCACUCCCCUGAAGGGAGCGGAUGAAAGGAGAGGGAAAGACACACACACACACGCACACACA